AUGGAACCACCAAUACCCCCUGAUCACCAUUUUGCUCCGGUUGAUCCAGAUAUUCGUGUUAUGCGCGACCGCUUUGAAGAUCGCUUCGAUGACCGCUUCGUCGAAGAGCCUGCCUUUUUUGAGGAGCGGGCACCGAGUGUCCAACAACGCUUUGACAGAAUGUCUCUGCAAGACGAUGACCUUGAAGAAAUCCGCCCUCGCGCCGAGCGAGUUCGAUCUACUGACACUGUACCUACGGCGCAAGAUUAUUUGUACUACCGUCUGUCCAAGCGCGGUGACGACUGGAGCUCAUGUGUCAAAAAACCAAUCAAUGCCCCAGUCGACGAAAUUGAGAGAAAAGCCAGGAGAGGCAGAGGUGGCGAUGGGCCGGUGUUAGAGCAGCUCACUCGCAUGCCCACACUCCGCCGAAGCAUGCUUGAUGAAGUGGUUCGGAAGGCUAAUGACCAAGAGACAGGAGAUGCCCGUUGGGAAGUAGUCUAUAUCAAGUCCAAGAGAGUACAGACGCGGAAGGGCAAGAUGGAAGUUCCGGAUAUGGAUGUCAUUCUUGCCCGAACUAGAGACAGGUCACGAUCAAGGGCCAAGUCUUUCGGUGGAGAGAAGGUGAGAAAAGUCGAAGUCGUCCGGGAGAAGAGAUACACCAACGACAGCUACGGUCGUGCAAGGAAAGACUCGGUUCUCGACAAAUUAGAGGAUCCUGUCGCCAAUCUGCCACUUUUCGAGGCAGAUGGGACACCGCGAGACGAGCUCGGCCCAAUGCAUUUCAAUAACGCCAACCUCCCUCCAUAUAUUGCGAGAGAGACGCCACUCGGGCACAAACCCGAGAAAAAGAAUGACAAGCCGGAGAAGAAGCGCGGCAAAUCUCGGAGCAAGUCUCGAGACAGGGGCGCUGCUCAUGAUGAAGAUGGUGUUUACGUCGUGCCCGAAGUGCAGGACUUUGCCACCGACGCCGUGGACCCUGCUCCUGUCGACGCCGUGUUUGUUGAAGGCCCAACUGACCGUCGCGGCCGUCGAGGACAAUCGCCACACGAGCACCCUGUGGUCGUUGUUGAGAGUGAUGCUCGGAGAUCCCACUCUCGACACCGGGUGCAGCCAGAGGCACGUUCCAAAUCUCGUCGCCGAGAGUCUGUGCAUUUCCCCAAUCAGCACACUCAGCAGUAUUUUGAUGCUGGCUAUGCCUCCUCAGAAAACAGCGAUACUAGCCAUUAUGGAUUUGCUGGCGAGUAUGCCGAAAGCUCCAACACGUCCCUCAGUACGCCCGGUGGUGUUCCUCGUCGAGGAAGCCUUGUGUAUGCCCAGGGCCGCCCAGACGUUGUGUAUAAGAAGCACCACCCUGGACCUAGCAGGAGACAGUCCUAUGUGGAAAGGCCAUAUCAUGGUGAGCAACAACAGGUUGUCGUGCCGGCAGUUCCACGGCGGAACUCGUAUGUUGUCUAUGACCGACAACCAGCCGAGCUGCGCCAGGAACGCCAUCCGCGGCUCAUGAGGCAGGCAACAGCGCCCAUCCCAGAGGAUCGACAGAUAGUCUACCGUGAUUCACCUCGACGGUCGCGGGAGCAAGACGUUAUCCCCCUUCGUCGCUACACCACUCAUGAAUCCGCCAUGCCAAUUGUUCACUAUCAUCAUGCAGAUGAUGAACGUGAUGGUUACUUCCGCGACGAACUUGACCGCCAAAGUAUCCGCGUCGAAGACUACCAGCGCGACCGGGUCCUAGAGGAUCAUUUGAGUCGGCGUGAACAACAGCUGACAGCCCGCGAGAGGGAAUUGGAGAUGCGCGAGGAUGAGCUUAGGCGAGUGAAGAGGCAGCGUGAGCUGGAAGGAGAACGAGAGUACUACGAUGAUAGGGAUUUCAGGAGGGAGAGGAGGGAGACCAGGAAGCUCUAUUAUGACGCGAGGACAGGGGAGCAUUUCUUCUACAACGAUUAG